UCUGUCUGGCCUAGAUCUUUCACAUUCAUUCAGUUGCCGAAGCUCUCUAACACGCGCAAGACGGACAUUACACAACUAGCUUUACAAACUGAAGCUUCGCACCCGUUCUACAUUUGGGCCCGAAAUGCAACUUCUGAAACAACUCAGGGUCAUUGUAUUCAAGUCUAAUCUGCAAGGCAUAAGUCCCGAGUGAACGACACCCUAUCAUAGUCACGAAGAGGCCGUCAGUGAUAAACUUUCAUGCCGGACCAAAUAGGCGCCUCAAGGUCCUCGUGCUUGUCCUUAACCACCUUCUCUCAAGUCUAGUUCUGUAUCGCUCUCCCCAUACCCCCACGAUCACUAUGUCGAACACCGACACUCCUAGCUCCGUUUUCUUCAAAGAAGAAUAUGAAGGCGAAAUACGCGCGAUGACUCUGUCAGCCUGUAUCUCUGCGUUGGUGGCAGCACGUGAGACCGACAGAGUCAAUGUUAUCCGCCUGGAGCACAUCAAGUACACCAACAACUGGCUUCACGAGGCCAUCCUUGUUGAACUCCAGGAAGUUGACCCUGAUGCUGCCGCGCCUCGUAAAGCUUAUGCUCUUAUCGAUCGCGAUGCUGAGCGCAAUCCCCCCAGGAAAACCUACUUCUCUUCGUCGCCGUCCUUCUCUGGCAAGGCGCGCGAUGGUGUAAAACUGUCCCGGGACAAAGGUUCAUUCACCACUAACUCAGAUCGAUAUGAAGUUCGACGGUACAUCGACUUUGCCACACAUCCUUUCCCUUUUGUGCAACUCCUUGUCGCAGCAUCUACUGUGGCCGAAACCAAGCCCAAAUACAAUCUGAUCACUUCGCAAUGCUAUUGGUACGCAGAAAGCAUCUGGGAUGUUGUCAUAUUACAUCUUCAACAAGUUUGGUCCGAUGGCUGGGAAAAGGCUGCUAAUGGGAGUCUGGCAGUGCCAGCACGAGGACUUGCUCGGGAGAUGUUUGCGAAGUUUGAAGGAGCGUGGACGAAAUUGGAAGCAGAGAUUAAGAAACGGCGACAGGAUCAAAGACAAAAGGAAAACAGAGCCGCUUUUAUGCAGGGUGUUUUAACAGGGCGCAAAGAGGCUGAACAAGAAAAGGAGGCUCUGCAGCAUCAAAAUACUGCUCUCGAAGCUCAGCUGAAGAUAUUGGAAGCCAAGCUAGGAAAUAGUUAGCUUCAGUAAGGGAACAGUUCACAGGUGAGAG